UGACCUUGUUGCUUCUGCCUGCCAACACAUCACCACGCAUUUAUGGGCUGAAACCUCCAACUCCAAGCUAAAAUUGUAGAUCGGCCUCCUACUCACAUGCCACAUAUCCUUUCAUUCAAAGUACCAACGACGUGUCUGUUGCCUUGAAUCUAUCUCAACGCGCGAACUCACACGACAGUUCAUCUCUCUCUUUAUCUAAACCACCUGUGCCCCCUAGAUUCCCAGGUUCUCUAGACGCCUGUCUUCAUCCCGUGCAACAACGGGAGAAUGCAUCUAAUGCUGACGGCUCAUGGCCUCGAAACGUCGUAGCACCAUCGCUUCCAGAUCCCAGUCAAGUCUAUCUCAAUCAAGGAGGGCGUACCGGACUUUACCGCCAUCGCCGUCAUCAUGGCCCUCAUCUCAGCGAGCACGAUCCUGACAUCGCUGUGUCUGUUCCACAUCACGCUCGCCUACUUCUUCUACACCAAUCCACAGACCAUCGCCGACCAGGCAUUAGUCUAUGUCCUGGGGGAGGCCACGGGCAUGCCCCAGACGCAAUACUUCUCCACGCCCUCCCCAACAGCCUCCUUCCUCGCCGUCAUCCUCUUCGUCCUCGGCCUCUCCGACCUCAUAACCCUCUCCAUGCCGCAGGAGAUCUGGCUAGUGCAUUACUGGGGUUCCCAAGCCCCCGCCCGCAUCAUACUCUUCGCCGCCCUGACAUUGUUCACGUACACCACUGCGCCCUCGACGUUGUCGGUUUCCUCGGCGCGUGCCUAUGGGACUGCGAGCGGGAGCGAGGGGUUAAGGAAUAGAGUCUUCUUCGCGUUUAGCUUGCUCGAGUGCAUUAGUUGGUUCUGGGCUUGGGUCACGCUGAGGGAGGAGACGGCUGCGUUUACGGCGAGGAAACGGAGGCGCAGUGGGAGUUAUGUUCGGGAGAGAUCGUAGAAAGCCUUAGUUUAUGAUGCGUUGCAUUUUGGCGGUUUAUUUUUGUUUUGUUUUGGUUUGGCGAUUUAUAUAUGGUUCGAAGCUACAUGGAGCAUGGCAUGGGUAUGGGAAUAGUCCAGCUGCCUCAAAUUAUCGUGGGAUGAGGUGAUGGCGCAUCGCAUCAGACUGCAGGGGUCGGUCGAGCUGCAUUAUGGGUAGGUAUGGUGCAUCCGCAUUUACGGCACAGCAUUGAGAACGAGAUUUUCGUAUUAGUAACUAUUCCCCUUGCGAGUAAGAUUUUUUGUUAUGCAUGGGUAUCAGGGUAUAUAGUACAGACAAGACUGCUUUAUAUGAGAUGUUCAAAGAUACCCUAAAUUUCAUUUUCUGAUUGAGUGCUUCCUUGUCUCCUUAUAGCUGUUGUCAUCAACUCAUCCACCGGUUUUAUCACUUAUUGAACUUAUUCUCACAUCCGCCUCUCAUUUGCAUAUGGACUCUUCCCCUCC